AUGUGCCAUACCGUAAUCGCUCAGCGGAUGUGCAAGGAUUGCCGCCAUAGCCUAGGCGAGACGGUCAUCGACUUCACCCGCUGUGCUCGUAAAUGCUCGAGCCCUUUCUACUGUCUUACCCCUGAGCCUCAGAUGGAGCUAUGUAACCUCUGUGCUGCGACAGCGACACUGUCUACACCGGUACUCGCACAGCAUGCUCUCGAGAACACGACCGCUGCAGCUGCAGCCGCCGCAUCGGCUGGUACAAGACUCUACGAUCACUCAAUCGCAAAGGCAACGGCCUAUCCAGGACCUGGAGUAGUCCGUCACACUGCAGCUCUCUAG